AGCUCCUGCGCUGUGUCAGAGGAAAUUAGUUGCCUGAAUAAGUUUCUAUAAAACCAUUUGUUCCUCAUAUUUGUCAGUAGACAUGGCUUGCUGUGUGUUUUUCCUGGGCCUCCUGGCUGUGCUGCUCCUGGAGCUCACGGAGGGUGCAGAGAAAGUGUACUCUGCAGAGGGAGGUAAAGUCACACUGGAGCCAAUCGUUCCUGAUCAGUUCAAACCCCUCACAAGCAUCCUGUGGAAACAUAAUCGCAACAUGGUGGUGGAAUGGAUUAAGAAUUUAAAUUCUACAGAUUACUAUGGAAUGUUUGAUGGUCACACAAAUCUGGAUAUAGAGACUGGACAUUUGGAGAUCAGUACUUGGGCUCAUACUUACAGUGGAUUUUAUUCUGUGGAGUUUAAUGGCCAACUCCAGAGCAAGUUGUACACGGUUCAUGUGAUCAAGAAAGUCCCAAAGCCCACGGUGGGGGUGCGGCCACUGUCUUGUUCUUCUACUUCGUCCUCAUGCACCCUGAGCUGUGAAGGAGGGACCCCAGAGGCUGAACCAAUCACCUACAGUUGGAGGCGAGAUGAAGGAAAAUGGACUCAGUCAAGUAAACUGAUGAACAUCACCAAGGAUGACCACCAUGUUAAAAAGUUCUCCUGCCAGAUGAAGAACCCAGUUAGUGUGGAGGAGAGUGACCCAAGGAAGAAUCCAUUCUACCCAGAGAAAGUCCUAAAGCCCACAGUGGUACUGAAUUGUUCUCACACCCCGUCCGUCUGCACACUGCUCUGUAAUGGAGGGACCCCAGAGGCUGAACCAAUCACCUACAGUUGGAGGCGAGAUGGAGGAAAAUGGUCUCAGUCAAGUAAAUUGAUUGAAAUCACCGAGGCUGACCACCAUUAUGAACAUAUAUUCUGCCAGAUGAAGAACCCAGUUAGUGUGGAAGAGAGUGACCCAUGGAAGAAUCCAUUCUACCCAGAUCCUCCAGUUCGCCCUAUUGUGGGUGGGGUGUUAGCGGCUGUUGUUGUUGCUGUUGGUGCAGCAGCGGUGGUUGGUUUUCUGAAACGUGAUGCUAUAAAACAAAAGAUCUCUAACAGAAAUGGCAGUCCUCGAGGUGGAGAUCCUGCCAGAUCCUCAGGAGUAACGCCUCAUGAGGAGCAGCCCAUAAUGAGCUCUGAUAAAAUGACAGCUGGUAACACAGCAGCAAGUCCUGCUGAGGCCCAACAAGGAAGUCCAGAAGUUCUAACCAAGCUCUAACUAACCGAUCAUGAAGCACACCAAAAUGAAGAUGGGAGGUCAGAUGGACAACAACCAAGUGACAACAACAACAAACUAUUUUCACAGCAGCCAUUUUGACAUGAAACAGCAGGGUAAAGCAGGGCAGCUUCUAUGCCGCCCACUGAUCAGAUGUGAGACUCCAGUUCCUUUUACCGAUGUUUAAUAUCAUAGCAGAUCUUUGUAACAUCAUGGAAACACCAUAGAACUAAAAAUACAGACAGACAGACAUUAUAUAUAUAUAAAUAAAAUGUUUUUUUUUUUACAUCAUAUCAUUCAGGAAAUAAAAUGUGACUUCAUUUCAACAACAAAAUCAAACGAUACAAACCACUUUGCCUGCUUGCCGAUCAAUGAGGGGGUUCAAGUUCAACACUCCUGGUGAGGUAAUCUUCACAGUAUUUUGUAUUUAUCAUGAACUCUUCCAAACCUGUUAUGUCCCCCACACAUGUGGGCAAAAGAGAGACAGCACACCCGCUAGAGGCUCUACACUUUUUUUUUUUUUUUUUAAAGAGACUCUAAGGCUUGCUUCCGCAAUGAUGUAUAGGACAAAAGAAAACAAAAGAAAAGAAAACAAAUCUAGGAAGUUUUAACCAAACUUCAUAAAUAAAGCAAGCAUCACCUAGUGGUCAAUGCCUGCAAUUACAGCUUCUAUCCACAGACAGUAAGGCUCAGUAACAGCCAGCCAGUCUGCAUCUUGACUGUAUAUACUGCAGCUGAGGGUUUUGUAUAUGUACAUGGUCUGAAUGUGUGUGCAUGUGUGUGUGUAUGUGUGUAAU